CCGGCAGGCUCCAUCCCGCGAGGGCGGUCGUUUCCUUCUCGUUUGUUCCUCCGGCUCGUCUUUCUCGCCAUGCCCGAACCUGCAAAGUCCGCUCCUGCUCCCAAAAAGGGGUCGAAGAAAGCCGUCACGAAGGCCCAGAAAAAGGAUGGGAAGAAGCGCAAGCGCAGCCGCAAGGAGAGCUACUCCAUCUACGUGUAUAAGGUGCUCAAGCAGGUCCACCCUGAUACCGGCAUCUCAUCUAAGGCCAUGGGCAUCAUGAAUUCCUUCGUCAACGACAUUUUCGAGCGCAUCGCUGGGGAAGCGUCUCGCCUGGCGCAUUACAACAAACGCUCGACUAUCACGUCCCGGGAGAUCCAGACCGCCGUGCGCCUGCUGCUCCCCGGCGAGCUGGCCAAGCACGCCGUGUCGGAGGGCACCAAGGCGGUCACCAAGUACACCAGCUCCAAGUGAGUCCCUGUUCGGGACGCGGCGCUCACACGAGUCGCCGGUCUUUCACUCCAAAGGCUCUUUUCAGGGCCACCCACCUUCUCAAGUGAAAGAAGCUAUUUUAUACUUCUUUAUCCUGUGUAUGCUUUUCUACUUAUCCUCUUGGUUGGUGCCU